AAGCAACAGUACUCAUAGGGAGCCAAGUGUGGACCGACCUGUUACGAUAUUAUUCUAUAAAGAAAACGCAAAGGAUUUUUUUAUUAUCCAUAUUUAAUUCUGAUAUUAGAUACAUUUGUAUUACUUACGACCGUAAGAAUAGUCGGUUGUCGGGUUAUUGUUGAAUGAAGAGAGCGUACAGAGGUUUCGAGAAGAAGCGGUGGAAGCAGGAGGCGCGCGCCGCUGUAGGGCUGAUGCGCGCGGCCUGUCCGUCAGCAGCGGCCCGCCAUGGCGGAGACCAAGAUCAUCUAUCAUCUCGAUGACCAGGAGACUCCCUAUCUCAUCAAACUACCCAUACCAGCCGAUAGCGUCACCCUCGCCGACUUCAAGAAUGUCAUUAAUAAACCCAACUACAAAUUUUUCUUCAAAUCCAUGGACGAUGAUUUCGGGGUGGUGAAGGAAGAGAUAUCUGAUGACAACGCUAAACUACCCUGCUUCAACGGACGUGUUGUGUCGUGGCUGGUGUCUGCAGACGGCUCUCAUGGUUCUGACAGUGGCUCUGUAUGCACAGACGCUCAAGCCGAGCUGCCGCCCCCUCUGGAGAGGACAGGAGGCAUUGGAGACUCCAGACCCCCUUCCUUCCAUGCGAAUGCUGCUGGGAGUCAAAAUGACCUGGAAAAAGAUACAGAACGUGAAGUCGGUCCAUCGCUGCGGAGAGACAGAGAAAGAGAGAAAGAUAAAGAGAGGGAUAAAGAAAGGCCUCGUAGGAAGGACACGCAUGACCAUGGAGGCAGGUUGAACGGUCACUCACGGCCGGAGCGCAGGCCAGACGCCGCUGGUUACGAGAGCUCCUCAACACUGAUGAGCAGUGAGCUGGACACAACCAGUUUCUUUGACUCUGAGGAGGAUGACUCUGUUAGCAGGUUUAGCGGCUCUACGGAGCAGAGCACAUCAUCACGUCUGAUAAGACGCCAUCGACGCCGUAGACGGAAACCCAAAGCACCCAAGAUGGAUAGGUCCUCGUCGUUCAGCAGUAUAACUGACUCCACCAUGUCUCUGAACAUCAUAACUGUCACAUUAAACAUGGAGAAGUAUAAUUUCCUUGGCAUUAGUAUAGUGGGGCAGAGUAAUGAGAGGGGUGAUGGGGGCAUCUACAUCGGCUCCAUCAUGAAGGGUGGCGCGGUGGCCUCAGAUGGGCGCAUUGAACCUGGUGACAUGCUUUUGCAGGUGAACGAUAUCAAUUUCGAGAAUAUGAGUAAUGACGAUGCAGUAAGGGUGCUGAGAGAAAUAGUCCAUAAACCUGGCCCCAUCACGCUGACUGUUGCAAAAUGUUGGGAUCCGAACCCUCGUAGCUGUUUCACCCUACCACGAAGUGAGCCGAUCCGUCCCAUAGACCCUGCCGCCUGGGUGUCUCACACAGCUGCAAUGACAGGAACGUACCCAGUGUACGGUAUGAGCCCUUCCAUGAGCACAAUCACCUCCACCAGCUCCUCCAUCACAAGCUCCAUUCCAGAGACUGAGCGGUUUGAGGAAUUCCACCUGUCCAUUCAUAGUGACAUGGCAGCCAUAGCCAAAGCCAUGGCAUCACCGGAGUCGGGAUUGGAGGUACGAGACAGAAUGUGGCUGAAGAUCACCAUCCCCAAUGCUUUCAUAGGUUCAGAUGUGGUAGAUUGGCUGUAUCAUCGCGUGGAGGGCUUCACAGACCGGCGGGAAGCACGCAAAUACGCCAGCAACCUGCUGAAAGCGGGUUACAUCCGCCAUACCGUUAACAAAAUCACCUUCUCUGAACAGUGCUAUUACAUCUUUGGUGAUCUCUGUGGCAACAUGGCCAGUCUCGCCUUGCAUGACCAUGACGGUUCUAGUGGGGCGUCUGACCAGGACACGCUUGCUCCGUUGCCCCACCCUGGGGUAGCCCCCUGGCCUCUGUCUUUUCCUUAUCAGUACCCCAUCCCUCAUCCGUACAAUCCCAACCCUGUACACGAUCCCACCUCCAGCUUUAUCGCAGGGGCAGCCAGUGCUGGCAGUCCACACAGUGAAGGCAGUCAUAGCAGUGGUUCGAAUCGCAGCGGAAGCAAAAAUGAUACAAACGCAGCGGCUGGAGCGCAGGAGUCCGGAGCCAGAUCUGGCAGUGGAAGCGAGUCUGAAAAAAGAGACAAGGCUCCGAGCGAGCACUCCGCAGUGGCCGCUAGCGAACACAGCGUACGUAGCACACACACCAUCCGGAGCGUUCACAGUGCCCACUCUCACGCCCAGAGCCUGGUGUGUGGGCCGCCCGGCCUCCCACCCCAGCCACAGACACCCGUAACGACGGCACCGGGCUCACCUCCUGGACGAGACUUGUCCUCAGUGCCGCCUGAACUCACAGCCUCACGCCAGUCUUUCCGCAUGGCCAUGGGAAACCCCAGCGAGUUCUUCGUUGAUGUCAUGUGAUCUCAACCCGUGCCCGACUCCAAACUGUGAAAUAAAGAACAAAAGAUCAGUGGAAGAUAAGAGUACUUUAAUGAAGAUGGUAAUGUGCGUCCAUCCUGUUUUUCCUUCUGUGUCCUGUGGCUUGUAGUUUCUUCAGUGAAGAAGACUGGAACAGAUGGAAGGCCCAUACAGUAUAUCCCAUGAUGCUCUCUGAGACAUGGGAUGCAGUAAGAGUGAAAGCUUGCUGGGUUUUGUGUACUUUUUAUGCAUUUUUACAUUUUGUCAACCUCAAGCUAAACCCCAUUUAGUUCAAAGAUGAGAGAAUAACCAAGAGAGGGAGUGAAGGCAUGAGAUUUGGGAUGAAGGUGUGAUUUUUGUAUCUUCUCCACAUGACUCAUCUUUUGCUUUUUAAAGGAUGUACGUAAAUAAUUUUUAAUGAUUAAAAAAAGACAAGCUAUCAAUAGAUAGAAAUUUGCAAUUAUUUUAUAUUUAUGUCUGAUGUUUUAUUAUUUCUGCUAACAAUCGUGAGAGAUGAAGAGUCGGCCUUGCUCUUUGAAACAAAAUGAAUUAUUCAAUAUGAUACAGGAUGUUCAAAUUAAAGACAACAUGAAGUGAUUCAACUCAUUUUACUUUAGUUAUGUUACGCAUUACCAUGUAAAACUGAACUGUACAAAUAAAAAAAAUUUCUUGGAUAUGAAAAGUGGACGUUAGAUGCCAAAAUGGAGCCAGACCUAAAUAUGGGUUUGCCCGAUCACCACUCACAUUCUGAAAACCAGAAACCACCCACUUUUAAAAAGUUCAGCAAGUUUAACCCCAAAUUCAGCACUGGCAUUAAAUUAUUUCAUCAACUAAAUGCAAGAUUGUAGAAAUAACGUAUUUUUGCAUAUACAGUAUGUUGUAUAAUGUCUUUCAUUGUGAGAUGUCUAGUCCUGUCCUGUUAUAAUACUGCAUUACCCCUGCUGUAGUUCAGUAAGAGUAUAGGGGUUUGAAAUGGAUCUGGAAUUUUUUAUAUUUAUGAUCCAGCACGCACACGCCUGAAUGAAUACGAUGCACUAUAAUGUAAUUUACUCUCUCACUCCUCCCUGAACAACACAGUACUUAUUAUGUUAAUAUUUUGUCAUUAACUAUCAGCACUCUGUAUUCUUUGCAGUCGGUUUAUUUCUAUGUAAACCUUCCUUAUUAUCUCAGAUACAUUUAUUACAUUUUUAAUUACUGGAAACAGAUUAACAGUGUUAAAUGGUUCAAUUUAAUACUCAGUGUACACUGUUUUAUGAUGAAACAAAUUGUUUUAUUUAUAAAUAUAGUUUAUUGCCUAAAAAUGA